AUGACUCGAGUUAGAGUCAGUGUGGAUGAGAUCAUAAAUCUCGCAGCAAAAGCAGGCCUGGAACUUGAAGAUGGCCACGCGAACGAUUACAGUGUCAUGACUAGCGCAUUCGAGGAUCUUGUCGACAGCCUUGGGGACGAUAAGCUCUUGUUUCCGAAGCCAGACCUCAGUAAAUAUCCUCGAGAAAACAUACAUAUCCCAGAGCCCAAGGACACUGAUGGUGGAGGCUGGGCAACAAGAGCUACGAUCAAGGCGACCUCGCCGAGAGGCAGACUUCUAGACGGCAAGACGGUCGCAAUUAAGGAUAACACUGCCGUGGCAGGGGUACGUUGCACUAAUGGGUCAACCAUGGUCGAUUGGACGCCCGAGUACGAUGCUACGAUAGUAACCCGCAUUCUGGAUGCGGGUGGUCUGAUAUUGGGCAAAUCAGGCAAGCAAAUACUGUUCUCCGACGAAAUAUUGUUACAGGUGCCCAGUCCCCGCUCACUAACGUCAAGCUCAGCUUGCGAGAACAGUUGCCUCGAAGGUACAUCUAUAUCCUCCUGCACCGGUCGCGUACACAACCCGUACGCCGACUUCUACAGUGCCGGAGGAUCCUCGUCAGGAUCUGGUCGCCUGGUGGCAAAGGGGUCAGUCGACGUGGCCAUUGGGGGUGACCAGGGAGGAAGCAUCAGGAUUCCAGCUACCUGCUGUGGCAUCGUGGGCCUCAAACCAACUUGGGGGCUUGUUCCGUACACGGGGAUCCUUAGCCUGGACGCAAACAUAGAUCACACUGGGCCAAUGGCGCGAACGGUGCCUGACUGCGCAAGACUUCUCGAGGCAAUCGCAGGCGCUGAUGGGUGGGAUGAUCGCCAGCCGGGGUUCGGCCUCGAAGUUGGGAGCCCAAAGACCUUGUUUUUGGAUGCCGUCCUUGACACUAUUCAGAAGGACUCAAAGUCGUCACUGAGCGGGCUCAAAGUUGGCAUCCUGAAAGAAGGCUUUGAAGUGCCUGACCAAGACCCAAAUGUCGUUGCAUCUGUCAAUGCCGCGGCUGAGAAAUUUCUGCAACUUGGCGCAAAGGUCCAAGAAGUAUCUGUCCCCGUGCACCAUAUGGGCAAUGUGAUUUGGACGUGCGGUCUCCCAAUUGCCGGUGGGCGGCAGGCCAUCUUUGGUGAUAUCGAUGGUAGGAAGCAAUUUUCAUUAACCGAUCGCACAGCUCUUGUUACGCCGAAAAGGCUGAGCCAACGCGAGUUCGACUCUUUGGGGCCGGGCACUCGGAACCUAUACAUCAGAUGGCUUUACUGCGAGGAGAAGUACGGGCCGGCAUUGCAAGGAAGAGUUGGGAAUCUAGUCAAGGGACUAGCGGACAGCUAUGAUCAAGCCCUCAAAGAUGUCGAUAUUUUGGUGAUGCCAACAGUUGCAACGCCGCCUCAGAAUCUUGGAGAUGACAGCGAGAAGAAAGGUCCCCUGCAGCACAACGCUCUGACCCCGGGCAUAAUACACAAUACCUGUCCAUUUGACAGCACUGGCCAUCCGGCCUUAUCGCUACCCUGCGGAUUCGUUCCCGCCUCAGAUAAUGCUGAGAUCAAAUUGCCCACGGGGAUAAUGCUCGUCGGGCGUAGGUAUGAUGAUGUGACAGUCUUGAAGGCAGCUGCAGCAUGGGAGAGCGCAUUCGAUUGGAAGACAUUAUGA